AUGAUGGGCUCGGUGCUCCCCGCGGAAGCCCUGGUGCUGAAGACUGGCCUGAAGCCUCAAGGGCUGUCGCUGGCUGAGGUGAUCACCUCGGACAUCCUGCACAGUUUCCUAUAUGGUCGCUGGCGGAACGUGCUGGGCGAACAGCUCUUCGAAGAGAAGUCUCACCACGCCAACCCCAAGACCGCCUUUACCGCAGAGGUGCUGGCACAGUCCUUCUCCGGAGAGGUGCAGAAGCUGUCCAGUCUGGUGCUGCCAUCCGAAGUGAUUAUCGCUCAGAGUUCUAUCCCCGGGGAGGGCCUGGGUAUCUUCUCCAAGACUUGGAUCAAGGCAGGCACUGAGAUGGGUCCCUUCACAGGCAGGGUCAUCUCUCCGGAGCACGUGGACAUCUGCAAGAAUAACAACUUGAUGUGGGAGGUAUUCAAUGAAGAUGGCACAGUUAGAUAUUUUAUUGAUGCAAGCCAAGAAGAUCAUCGAAGUUGGAUGACCUAUAUCAAAUGUGCCCGAAACGAGCAAGAGCAAAAUCUGGAGGUGGUACAAAUUGGCAACAGUAUCUUCUACAAGGCAAUUGAGAUGAUUCCUCCAGAUCAAGAGCUGCUGGUUUGGUACGGGAACUCCCACAAUACUUUCCUGGGGAUUCCUGGUGUCCCAGGAUUGGAAGAAGAACAGAAGAAGAACAAACAUGAGGACUUCCAUCCAGUGGACACUGCCGCCAACACCGCGGGCCGCAUGCGCUGCGUCAUCUGCCACCGGGGCUUCAACUCCCGCAGCAACCUGCGCUCCCACAUGCGCAUCCACACCCUGGACAAACCCUUCGUCUGCCGCUUUUGCAACCGGCGCUUCAGCCAGUCCUCUACUCUCCGCAACCACGUCCGCCUACACACUGGCGAGCGCCCCUACAAGUGCCAGGUGUGCCAGAGCGCCUACUCCCAGCUGGCCGGCCUGCGGGCGCACCAGAAGAGCGCCCGCCAUCGACCCCCCAAUGCCUCGCUGCAGGCCCACUCCCCGGCCCUGCCCGUGCCCCAUCCCACUUCCCUCGCGGCGCACCACAUCCCGACUAUGGUGCUGUGA